CAGGUGGAUUUGACGCAGCCGCAGAUCUGAUUCCACCUGCAGCAGCAGCAGAGAAGCAGCAUCUGAUCCUCCGGCACCAGAAAGCAGUCGAACAAAGAAGAAAACCACAGAAUCCACUUUUAUUUUGACGCCGCAAACAAACAGACUCAGACAUGAUGGAGAAAUCAAACAGCCAAUACGACUCCUUCCUGUUCUGGAGGCAGCCAAUCCCGGCCCUUGACUUGUCCGAGCUGGAGGACCUGGGUUUGAUUGACAGCCAGUCAGCCAAUGGCAGCAAAGGAAAAGACAAGAUGUCCCAGAAGUGGAACCACAACGACGAGGGUGAGCUGUCAGAGUUUUCCUCCUUCAACUACUGGAGGGCACCAAUCGCUGACGUGGACGCUCUGCUGGCCGACCUCAACCUCCUGCUCUGAACACACCUGAACCUGACAUCACAUGACCUUUGACCCCAGCAUCAUCUGACCUCUGACCUUAACAUCACCUGACCUCUGAUAUCACAUUAAACUCAUAAUCCCGAUUCAGAUUAAACUCUGAUCCUGAUUUGGAUUAGAUUUUAAUUCUGGUCCAGAUUUUACUCAAAUCUUGGUUCCGAUUUAACUUUAAUCCUGGUUCAGAUUAAAGUUUGAUCUUGGCACAGAAUAGAAUCUGAUCCCGAUUUAGAAUAAUCUAGGAUCUUGGUACAGAUUUAGCUUUAAUCCUGGUUCAGGUUAAAUUUAAAUCUUAGGUCAGAUUAAACGCUUGGGUCAGAAUAAACUUUAAUGUUGGUUAAGAUUAAGAUCUGACCCAGGUUUAGAUUAAACUUCAAUUCUGGUUCAGAUUAAACUCUAGUUCUGGUUCAGAUUAAGCUCUAAUUCUGGUUCAGAUUAAACUUUAAUCCAGGCUCAGGUUAAAUUUAAAUCCUGGUUCAGAUUACAGUCUGAAUUGGUGAGAAUCGUGUAUUCGCUUUCACUUUGUCCAAAUUAAAUAACCUGACACUGCUUUUACACUAAACCUGAUCUUAGACUGUUUACACUGGAAUAAUGAGAAACCAGAUCAGACCGGAGGUUUGAAUCUUUUCUGUGGAUAAAAUAAUAGAAACGCUGCAUCAAGCUGUUGUUGAUCAAAUAGUUUCAUCAGUGUCUCGUUAACUCAAAUGUAAUGAAUGAAGUCUGUGUGUUUAGAUUAAUAACUGAGGCCUUAUCUCAUAAUGAUGCUGCUACCUGACUCAAAUCACCUUUAUUACAUAAACAUCUGGAGUACAAACCAUCUUUUGACAGCUGGAAACACUACCCAGAUCAGCUCAUUCUCACAGUUAAAGUUAAAACAAAAUCUGCCACCUGAACGUUAUGAGAUAAGGCCUAAAUUUUUUUUUUUUCAGUGCACUUCUGUUGAGGUCUGAGACCCAAAUUAUGUUUCUUCUGUCGUUCCAUCUGUGCCUUUUUUUUCCCCCAGAGCUGGUUUGUUAACAGUGACUGUUACCAUCCGUCCUGAUUAUUUAUUUAUGUAUUUAUUGAUUUAUUUAUUAGUGCUGCUGUGUUAGUGAACGAGCCUCGAACGGACUGCACACCUGCCAACAACAAUAAAGGAAAAAAUGUCCUGUUUUGA